AUGUGUGAUGUGGCAGAAAUGGAAACUCCAAAUAAAAGCAGUCAAAAUGUUGGAGUGGCGCACUUCUCGCGGGUGCUGGAGGACACCGGGGAACUCAUCAUCGUCGACCAGAAGUUCACCUGGCCACUGGCGCGGGCGCUGGACGAGGAUGAGGUGCUCAAGAUCCACCUCAUGUCGCACAGCCGCUUCCUGGGCAACCGCCUGCUCGGCUCGCUCGUCCUGGUGCUGCAGCAGGUGCUCGUGGACGGCCGCGUCGCCCUCACCGAGACGCUGGUGGACGCCAACUACCGCGAGCUGCCGGCCACGGUGGCGCUCGAGGUGUCGUACCAGGCGCCGGACGCGUCCCCGGCCUCGUGGGGCGGCUCCGCCUCGGACGCCUACCAGGAGCUGGAGGACGACCAGCAGAUGCUCAUCGACAUCGAGCAGAACAUCGCUAACCUGGAGCGGACCCUGAGCCAGCAGCAGCAGCAGCAGCAACAACAACAACAACAACAACAACAGCAGCCGCAGGCACCGGGCGUGGCCGGCAAGUCGCGCAGGUCGCUCAGGAGGGCCGACACGGCACCAGGCUCGGCCAACCCGUCGCCGCAGAAGUCGCCCGCGCCGGAGAAGAAGAGCCGUGGCGCGCUUCGCAGCGUGCGCGCCAUGAUGCGGCUGGGCAAGUCACGGCCCAAGGAGUCCUCCAGCGACACGGAGGAGGCCGGGCUGCUGGAGGGCGCGGGCGGGACUGCCAGCGGGCCCAUGUCCAGGGCGUCGUCGCAGACGUCGCUCUCCUCCAACGAGAGCCAGCUGUCGACCGGCGUCGCGGACCGGACGCCCACCAAGAAGGUCAAGAUGUCGCAGGUGGUGCAGUCGGCGCUCAAGGCUCAAGACUUCCAGGUGUGCCUAACAGUGAUCGAGGCGAGGCAGCUAGCAGGCCUGAACAUGGACCCUGUAGUCUGCAUUCAGGUCGGCGAUCAGAGGAAGUACACGAGCGUCAAAGAGAGCACCAACUGCCCGUACUAUAACGAGUAUUUUGUCUUCGACUUCCACAUGCCACCCAUCAUGUUAUUCGACAAGAUCAUUACGCUCUCGGUGCUGCAGUCGAGGAACAUUCUCAGAACAAACAAAAUGUUGGGCAGCUUUAAGUUAGACGUGGCCACAAUCUGGUCGCAGCCAGACCACCAGUUCUACCACAAGUGGGCCCUGCUCACGGACCCGGACGACAUCGCGGCGGGGCCCAAGGGCUACCUCAAGUGCGACAUCAGCGUCAUCGGCAAGGGCGACACCGUCAAGAUCCCGCCCAAGAGCGAAAAGGACGAGGACGACAUCGAAGCGAACCUGUUGCUCCCGGACGGGGUGCCGGUGGAGCGGCAGCGCGCCAAGUUCAUCAUCCGCGUGUACCGCGCCGACGGGCUGCCCAAGAUGAACUCGUCCAUCAUGGCCAACGUGAAGCGCGCCUUCACGGGCGAGGCCAAGGACCUGGUCGACCCCUACGUGCAGGUGUCGUUCGCCGGCAUGACGGGCAAGACGAGCGUGCGGCGCAACUGCUACGCGCCCGUCUGGAACGAGCAGAUCGUCUUCAACGAGAUGUUCCCGCCGCUGUGCCAGCGCAUCAAGCUGCAGCUGCGCGACAACGACCCCGUCAACAACACCGUCAUCGGCACGCACUUCCUCGACCUAAAGACCGUCUCCAACGACGGCGACAAGGGUUUCCUGCCCACGUUCGGGCCGGCCUUCGUCCACCUGUACGGCUCGACCCGGGACUACUCGCUUAUCGACGAGCACGCCUCGCUCAACGCGGGCCUCGGCGAGGGCGUCUCCUACCGCGCCAGGAUCCUGGUGUCCGUGCGGACGGAGAUCACCGACUCAAUAGACGUAGCCCCCUCCGACGACGUGGAGGUUGAGCCGGCCUACCCUAUCAACGAGUCCUCGUACGGCAAGAACGAGGAGUUCUUCCUGUUCGCCACCAUCCUGGACGCGUCCAUGAUCGACAAGAAGCUCGGCGACAAGCCCAUGUACUUCGAGCUGAGCAUCGGCAACGCGGGCAACACCCUGGACGGGCACAACGAGUCGGCGCAGGAGUACCAGAACGCGGACGAGGAGGAGGCGCCAGGUAAGGGGUCGUCGUCGUGCAGGGCGCGCGCCCUCAAGA